UUAUACAGAAACAACACAGUGUUCGGGCACUCGGUGUGCCUGGACCUAGGAGCGUGGACUGCUGGAGUGACAGGAGUUACUGGAGUCCAGUGGACAGGCAGCCAUGGGAUUGAUGACAGGGGACCUGCUGGCACCCCUGGGUUUGGCCGUGGCCAUCUUCCUGCUCCUGGUGGUCAUGCACCGGCGCCCACGCUGGGCUGCACGCUACCCGCCAGGCCCCAUGUCACUGCCGGGGCUGGGCAACCUGCUGCAGGUGGACUUCCAGGACGUACCCUACUGCUUUAGCCAGCUGCGGCGCCGCUUCGGGGACGUGUACAGCCUGCAGCUGGCCUGGACGCCGGCGGUCGUGCUCAACGGGCUGGAGGCCGUGCGCGAGGCCCUGGUGAAGCACAACGAGGACACUGCCGACCGGCCGCCUUCGCCCAUUUACGAGCACCUAGGCUACAGGCCACACGCGGAAGGGGUCAUCUUGGCGCGUUACGGGCCCGCGUGGCGCGAGCAGCGGCGCUUCUCCUUGUCCACUCUGCGCUUCUUCGGUCUGGGCAAGAAGUCGCUGGAGCUGUGGGUGAUCGAGGAGGCCGCCUGCCUCUGUGCCGCCUUCGCCGAACACGCUGCACAGCCCUUUAGCCCCAACGCGCUGCUGAACAAAGCGGUGGGCAACGUGAUCGCGUCCCUCACCUACGGGCGCCGCUUCGAGUACGACGACCAGCGCUUCCUCAGGCUAAUGGAAUUGGUGGAAGAGGGACUGAAGGAGGAUUCCGGCUUCCUACGAGAGGUGCUGAAUGCUGUCCCAAUGCUCCUGAGCAUCCCAGGACUGCCAGGCAAAGCUUUCCCUGCACAAAAGGCUUUCAUGACUCUCCUGGAUGAGCUGGUGACCGAGCACAGGAUGACCCAGGACCCGGCCCAGCCACCCCGAGACCUGACUGACGCCUUCCUGGCUGAGGUGGAGAAGGCCAAGGGGACCCCCGAGAGCAGCUUCAACGAUGAUAACCUGCGCCUGGUGGUGGCUGACCUGUUCUCCGCUGGCAUGGUGACCUCCUCGACCACGCUGGUCUGGGCCCUGCUGCUCAUGAUCCUGCACCCGGAUGUGCAGCGCCGUGUCCAACAGGAGAUUGACGAAGUGAUAGGGCAGGUGCGGAGACCAGAAAUGGGUGACCAGGCCCACAUGCCCUACACGACUGCUGUGAUUCACGAGGUGCAGCGCUUCGCGGACAUCGUCCCCCUGGGUGUGCCCCACAUGACGUCCCGUGACAUCGAAGUGAAGGGCUUCCUCAUCCCCAAGGGGACAACACUCUUCACCAACCUGUCAUCGGUGCUGAAGGACGAGGUGAUCUGGGAGAAGCCCUUCCGCUUCCACCCCGAACACUUCCUGGACUCUCAGGGCCGCUUCAUGAAGCCUGAGGCCUUUAUGCCCUUCUCAGCAGGCCGCCGCGCGUGCCUCGGGGAGCCCCUGGCCCGCAUGGAGCUCUUCCUCUUCUUCACCUGCCUCCUGCAGCGCUUCAGCUUCUCAGUGCCUCCAGGGCACCCCCGGCCCAGCGACCACGGUGUCUGUCACUUCCUGGUUACCCCCUGCCCAUACCAGCUUUGUGCUGUGCCCCGCUAGAGGCCCAAACCAAGCCCCAACCUUCUCUCCACCCAGGGUCCCUAAUGUCCAAUAAACCAACGUGCUUUGCCCACCUUGGCCCCCUGAA